UGUUUUUUUAUAUUUUCUCUUUCCUUAAUUUUCUCUCUCCUUUUCUCCCCAUUUUCCCCCAUUUUCUCUCUCCUGCUUGCGAGAGAAAAUCUCGAAGCAAAAAUUUGAAAAUUUGAAAAAUUUUAACAUUUUGAAGAAUUUUGUCUCGCAUUUUUCUUCCUCCAUUGUUCAAAUACAGAUCGAGUUUCUGAACUUUCUGCUAGGGUUUUUAUAAAAUUAAAAAAUGUCGACGGAAGAUGAAAAGUUGUUGAAAGAAUCGAAGAAACUGCCAUGGGAAGAUCGAUUGUUUCACAAGAAUUGGAAAGUUCGUAAUGAUGCAAACAUCGACCUUGUUACAUUGUUCGACUCCAUUUCCGAUCCCAAGGACACUCGUCUUCGCGAAUUUGGGCAUUAUUUUAAGAAGAUGGUUUCAGAUUCUAAUGCACCGGUGCAAGAGAAGGCGCUUGACGCUUUAAUUGCUUAUUUAAAAGCUGCCGAUGCCGAUGUCGGAAGGUAUGGGAAAGAAGUGUGUGAGGCAGUUGUUGCUAAAUGUCUUACGGGGAGGCCGAAGACGGUGGAAAAGGCACAAAUGGUUUUCAUGCUAUGGGUGGAGCUGGAGGCAGCUGAGGCUUUCCUGGAUGCUAUGGAGAAGGGUAUUAAAAACAAAGUGGCUAAAGCUGUGGUACCUGCCAUUGACGUCAUGUUUCAAGCAUUAAGUGAAUUUGGGGCCAAGGUUGUUCCUCCAAAAAGAAUUCUUAAGAUGUUACCGGAGCUUUUUGAUCAUCAAGACCAAAAUGUUCGUGCUUCUUCUAAAGGAUUGACCUUAGAGUUGUGUCGUUGGAUUGGAAAGGACCCAGUCAAAUCCAUCUUGUUUGAGAAGAUGAGGGAUACAAUGAAAAAAGAGCUGGAGGCUGAGCUUGUCAAUGUUACAGGAAUGGCAAAGCCCACACGAAAGAUAAGAUCUGAACAAGACAAAGAACCCGAACCAGAGGUUGUUGCUGAAGUUACAGGCGCUGGACCUUUGGAAGAAUCUACUUCUGAUGCUCCACAGGAAAUUGAUGAAUAUGAGCUAGUUGAUCCAGUCGACAUACUAACACCAUUAGAGAAGUCAGGAUUUUGGGAUGGAGUGAAAGCUACCAAGUGGUCAGAGCGAAAGGAGGCUGUUGCGGAACUGACAAAACUUGCAUCCACAAAGAGGAUAGCACCAGGCGAUUUUACCGAAGUCUGCAGAACGCUCAAAAAAUUAGUCACAGAUAUAAACAUAGCAGUAGCGGCUGAAGCCAUACAGGCUAUUGGGAACCUUGCUAGAGGAUUAAGAGCGCAUUUUUCUGGGAGCUCACGCUUUUUACUUCCUGUUUUACUUGAAAAAUUGAAGGAGAAAAAGCCUACAAUAACAGAUGCUUUAACACAAACAUUGCAAGCCAUGUACAAGUCCGGGUGUCUUAAUCUUGCCGACAUAGUGGAAGAUGUUAAGACGGCUGUGAAAAAUAAAGUGCCUCUUGUGAGAUCAUUGACUCUGAAUUGGUUAACGUUUUGCAUUGAGACAAGUAACAAAUCUGUCAUUCAGAAAAUUCACAAGGAUUAUGUCCCAAUCUGCAUGGAGUGCCUUAAUGAUGGUACUCCUGACGUAAGAGAUGCUGCCUUUUCGGUUUUGACAGCCAUAGCCAAGUCGGUGGGUAUGAGACCUUUGGAGAGAUCACUGGAGAAACUUGAUGAUGUCAGGAGGAAAAAGCUUAAUGAUAUGAUUGGUGGUUCAGGAAGUGGUCCACCUGUUAGUGGAAGCUCAGCUAAUGUGCAAGCCACAAGCGGAGUGGCAUCAGAGGCCUCAGGCAACUCUUUUGUGAAGAAAUCAGCAGCAAGUAUGCUAAGUGGGAAAAGGCCUGUUCAAGCAGCUCCUGGUGCCAAGAAAGGCCCUUCUGCAAAACCUGCUGCUAGCAAAAAAGUUGAAGGAGGUGGACAACAGAAAACCUUGAAGGCGGUUGAGGAAGAUGUGGAGCCAUCAGAGAUGAGUCUUGAGGAAAUUGAAAGCAGAUUGGGCUCUCUUAUACAAGCGGAGACUAUAUCUCAGUUAAAGAGUGCUGCAUGGAAGGAAAGACUUGAAGCAAUUUCUUCAUUGAAAGAACAAGUUGAGGGUGUUCAGGAACUUGAUAAAUCAGUGGAGAUUUUGAUACGGUUGCUGUGUACUGUCCCUGGAUGGAGUGAGAAAAAUGUGCAGGUUCAGCAGCAAACAGUUGAAGUAAUUUCUUAUGUAGCAUCUACAGCAACAAGAUUUCCGAAAAAGUGUGUCGUUCUGUGUCUUCUUGGCUUAAGUGAAAGAGUGGCUGAUAUUAAGACCAGGGCCCAGGCUAUGAAAUGCUUGACUACAUUUUCAGAAGCAGUAGGUCCAGGAUUCAUUUUUGAAAGACUAUUUAAGAUCAUGAAAGAGCACAAGAAUCCAAAGGUCCUUAGUGAAGGCAUUUUAUGGAUGGUUUCAGCUGUAGAGGACUUUGGUGUUUCUCUUUUGAAAUUGAAGGACUUAAUUGAGUUUUGCAAGGAGACUGGACUACAAUCAAGUGCUGCUGCAACUAGAAAUGCUACAAUUAAGUUGAUUGGUGUCUUACAUAAAUUCGUUGGCCCAGAUAUCAAGGGGUUUCUUUCAGAUGUUAAACCUGCACUUCUUAGUGCACUUGACGCAGAGUAUGAGAAAAAUCCAUAUGAAGGACCUUCUAUAGCUCCAAAGAAAACAGUAAAAAUAUCUGAUUCGUCAUCUAUUCCUGCUGGCAGCUCAGAUGGCUUGCCACGUGAAGAUAUUAGUGCCAAGAUAACACCUACAUUACUGAAGAACUUUGAAAGCCCUGACUGGAAGAUACGCUUGGAAUCAAUUGAAGCUGUAAAUAAAAUUUUGGAGGAGGCCAAUAAACGAAUCCAACCAAUUGGAACUGGAGAGUUGUUUGGUUGUCUGAGAGGGCGUUUGUGCGACAGCAAUAAGAAGCUGGUGAUGGAAGCAUUAUCUACUAUUGGUAGUGUUGCAUCUGCCAUGGGUCUUGCUGUUGAGAAAGCGAGCAAGGGGAUUCUUUCAGAUGUCUUGAAAUGCCUUGGUGACAAUAAAAAGCAUAUGAGAGAAUGUGCUUUGACGACUUUAGACAUGUGGCAUGGUGCUGUCAAUCUUGAUAAAAUGAUCCCCUAUGUGGCAGCUUUUCUCUUGGAAUCAAAACUUGGUGCUGAGGGGCGUAAGGAUCUUUUUGAAUGGCUGUCUAAGAAACUUUCCCAGCUGAAUGACUUCCCUGAUGCGGUGCAGCUAUUGAAGGCAGCUGCUGUCGCCAUGACGGAUAAGUCAGCAGAUGUUCGCAAAGCAGCUGAUGCUUGUCUUUCGGAGAUUCUGAAAGCUUGUGGUCCAGAACUGGUGACCAAGAAUUUGAGAGAUAUUCAAGGCCCGGCUCUUUCCCAUGUUGUUGAGAAGCUGAAACAUUACGGAGCUGUUCCAGAAUUACAUGAUUCUGCUCAAGUAACUUCUACUUCAUCAAUCCCGAAAAGCAGUGCCAGAGUUGGUAAAGUUAGCUCAAAUGCAGUUGGGGAUCGUGCCCCUAAGCACGGAACAAAAUCAGUAUCAUCGAGAGCUGCUCCAAUGAGGAGCUCAAGAGCGGAGUCAAUCAUGUCGGUUCAUGAUAUUGCGAUUCAGUCUCAGCCAUUAUUAAACAUCAAGGAUUCAAACAAGGAAGAUAGGGAGAGGAUGGUUGUCCGCCGUUUUAAAUUUGAAGAGCCUCGUUUGGAGCAAAUUCAGGAUCUUGAGAGUGGGCUUAUGAAAUAUUUUCGGGAAGAUUUAAAUAGAAGACUUCUGAGUACAGACUUUAAAAAGCACGUUGAUGGCAUCGAAGUGUUACAUAGGGCACUUCCAUCCAUUGCAAAGGAUUUAAUUGAAGUUAUGGAUAUUGUUUUGAGGUGGUUUGUUUUGCGAUUUUGUGAAUCUAACACGACAUGCUUAUUAAAGGUUUUAGAAUUUCUUCCUGAACUUUUUGAGGCUUUGAGGGUUGAGGGGUAUGCAUUGACUGAAGCAGAGGCAGCUAUAUUCCUUCCAUGUUUGGUAGAAAAGUCUGGACAUAACAUCGAAAAACUACGAGAGAAAAUCCACGAGCUCACUAAACAAAUAGCUAAUGUGUAUUCAGCAGCAAAACUGUUUCCUUACGUUGUGGAGGGUUUGCGUUCAAAAAACAAUCGGACACGGAUAGAGUGUGCAGAUCUUGUUGGUUUCCUUCUUGAGCAUCAUGGAGCUGAGAUAAGUGGACAGUUGAAAAGCUUGCAGAUUGUUGCGAGUUUAACGGCUGAACGAGAUGGUGAAACUCGAAAAGCUGCUUUAAACGCUCUAGCCACUGGUUACAAAAUUCUAGGUGAGGACAUCUGGAGAUAUGUAGGGAAAUUAACAGAUGCUCAAAGAAGUAUGAUAGAUGAAAAAUUUAAGACAAAGGCUCGUGACAUGGACAAGAGGAGGGAGGGGAAACCUGGAGAUGCAAGGGCUGCCUUGAGACGUUCAGUGAGGGAUAAUGGGUCUGAUAUAGCUGAACAGAGUGGAGAAGUUUCAAGAUCAAUUGCUGGCCCAGGUUUUGUCAGGGAACACUAUGCUCAACCUGAACUGCACAUGGAGAGAAACCCAUUGCCUCGUGUACAUGCUGGUGUUACUGGUCCAACGGACUGGAAUGAAGCACUUGAUAUCAUUGCAUAUGGUGCACCGGAGCAGUCUGUAGAAGGAAUGAAGGUUGUUUGCCACGAGUUGGCACAGGCCACGAAUGAACCUGAUGGAAGUGCAAUGGAUGAUAUUGUAAAGGACGCAGACCGGCUCGUCUCAAUCUUAGCCAAUAAGGUUGCAAAGACAUUUGAUUUCAGUCUAACUGGCGCUUCUUCGAGAUCUUGUAAAUAUGUCCUAAACACGCUGAUGCAGACGUUUCAAAAUAAGACUCUAGCUCAUGCUGUCAAGGAGAGCACUCUUGACAAUCUAAUUACUGAACUUCUGCUUUGGCUUUUGGAUGAACGGGUUCCCCGCAUGGAUGAUGGCGGCCAACUUCUGAAAGCUUUGAAUGUUUUGAUGCUGAAGAUCUUGGAUAAUGCCGAUCGAACGUCUUCAUUUGUUGUGCUCAUUAAUCUACUACGUCCACUGGACCACUCAAGAUGGCCAGCGCCAGCAUCAAAUGAAGCCUUUGCUGUCAGAAAUCAGAAGUUCUCUGAUCUUGUUGUCAAAUGUCUGAUCAAACUAACAAAGGUACUUCAAAGCACUAUAUAUGAGGUGGACUUAGAUCGCAUUCUUCAAAGCAUCCAUGUGUACCUUCAAGAGCUUGGAAUGGAAGAGAUCAGGAGAAGAGCUGGAGCUGAUGACAAGCCUUUGCGUAUGGUAAAAACUGUUUUGCAUGAACUUGUGAAACUUCGGGGGACAGCUAUUAAAGGUCAUCUGUCCAUGGUUCCUAUAGAUAUGGAACCUCAACCCAUUAUUCUUGCAUACAUUGAUUUGAAUCUCCAGACUUUGGCGGCAGCUAGGAUGCUUACGCCUGCUGGACCUGUGGGCCAAACCCAUUGGGGUGACUCAACUGCUAACAAUCCGUCUUCUGCCACUCACUCAGCAGAUGCCCAAUUAAAGCAAGAACUGGCCGCAAUUUUUAAGAAAAUUGGUGAUAAGCAGACAUGCAGUAUUGGUCUUUAUGAACUGUACCGUAUCACGCAACUAUAUCCCAAGGUUGAUAUCUUUGCUCAGCUCCAAAAUGCCAGUGAAGCAUUCCGGACUUAUAUAAGGGAUGGAUUGGCACAGAUGGAGAAGAAUGCAGCUGCCGGGAGGACACCUUCUAGUGUCCCACUAUCAACUCCUCCUCCAUCCUCACUUACUCUUUCUUCGCCAAAAUUGGCUCCAUUAUCACCUGUACAUACGAACUCGCUAAAUGAUUCAAAAUCACAGAACACUAGAGUCGAGCCAACAACUUUUUCUUCAUCGUUUAGUGAUGAUGAGAGGACAGGCAAUGCUACCCCUAGAGGUCCAACUUUUGAUCACCAACAGUUUCUGGGGGACCAAAGAAGUGACAGACUGGGAGUAACCACUGGGACACUAGAUGCUAUUAGAGAAAGGAUGAAGAGUAUCCAGUUAUCUGCAGCGGGUGUGAAUCCAGAUUCUGGAACGAGGCCAUUAAUGCCAAUGAAUGGUAAUGUCACCCAUAACCAAGCUCAGCAUGUGUUAGAUGAUAGCACAGCUGAGAACCCGGUGCACGGUGGAGUUCUUCCUAUGGACGAAAAAGCAUUAUCCGGGCUACAAGCCCGGAUGCAAAGGCUAAAGAGUGGGUCAUUUGAUCAUGUAUAGAAUUGGGAAAUUGAGGAUCAUGAUACUGGUAAACUGGUAAAGCAUCUAUCCUAGUGUUGGUCUCCUUCCAUGCUUUAUUCUGAGCAAACUUCUGUGUGCUUGGAUCUUGUAAAUAAGAAUGCGGUCAAAUUUGAUGGAGGCUUUGCUCGACUUCCAUUCAAGGCGUAAAGGAUCAUUUAGAUUGGCUGCCCUGUUUACAGUUAGUUAAUGUAUUCAGCCGCGAAAGGACCAGAGUUUAUGCUUGGAUGAUUGAUGAGAGACAUCCAGGAAGAGCCGAUUUUUUUUUUCUUCCGCUAACCAUUUUGUGCACUCAUUCUUGUAAACACAGCUUGUCAUUUGUAUAUGAUAGUUGACACAAGAUCUUUUUUCUGUAACUUAAAUGAGAAAUUUUGUUAUUGAUAAUACCGAAAUUGAUAUAAAUAUACAUUCGUUUCCAUCAAAUUGAAAUAAUACAAUCUGAGGAAAUUUUGCAUUA